AUGGCCUCCUCGACCCUCCCUUCGAAUGGCCGCCUUGUCAACAUCGGAACUCACUCCCUUGCUCUCUAUACCCAUGGCCCAGAGCCAAAGAGCUCCAACGACCCUGUCGUAUUAUUUAUUUCAGGUGUGGCAAGCGAUGCCCUCAACUGGCAAGCCGUGGUGCGGAAGCUGGGGCCCUCGCUGCGAAGCUACACUUACGACCGUUCGGGCUAUCACAACUCGGAAUCCUCGCCGCUGGCUCCCUCGGCCGAGAAUGUUGCUCUAGAGCUCUCCUUCCUAAUUGAAAAAGCGCCCAUCCUGAACCCUCUAAUCUUUGUCGGACACUCCUGGGCCGGCGUGCUCACGCACGAGUAUUUUGCCCUAAAGGGUACUGGCCAAAUAGCCGGCCUAGUUCUUGUGGAUGCCAACCAUGAGACAGCGCCACUAGUCAUGGAUGUGGACGAUCCAAUUCUCUGGAAUGUCAUUGCUGCAGGUGUUGAACCAUACGCUGCCUGGGGUGUGGAGGCGGAGCACAAGCUGACGCAGCAAGAGUGGGACGCGUUCAGGGCGGCGGAAGCAACUGAGAAGUUUGAGCUGAUUAUGCACAAAGAGGAUGUUGAGAAUUACCUGCCAAGUUUUGAGACACUGCGGAAGAAGGAGCUGAUUUAUGUGAUUGGGGGCACACGAAGUAGGGAUUGGAGUGGAUUGUACAAGGCGGGCGUUGCUAAAGGGAAUGGAACUGAGAAGGAGAGGCUCUAUGUGCGAGAGUUGAUCAAGACGGUUGAUGCGAAGAAUGAGGGUCUCAUGAAGGAGUUCUUGAAGCUCUCUACGAAGAGCGAGCUUGUUUUUGCUACUGAGAGUGGUCACUUUGUCCAGAUGACUCAACCGGAAAUUGUUGUUGAUGGAGUGAAUUGGGUGCUGCAAAACCAACCAGCAGUGUAG